AUGACCACAGACGUGGGAGUCUGCUCUGGGGUCGCCCUUCUGUUUUCCUCCAUCACCGUUAUCAUCCCUCUCGACGACCUUAUCUUUUUUGCGCCUUUGAUUGUUUUCCAAAUGCCUGCUUCUCGCACACGCAGACGCAGUUCAAUUCUCAACCCUCCUCAACCUACAAAACCCGGGGUUUAUGGAGUCCCAUCAAUCCCCCAUCGCCUAACAUUCUGCCCGAAUGUGACCCCAGUAUCGUACACGUCCUCUCUCGAAUCUGAUGACGCCGGCUUGGGAGCGUUAGAUGCAGCUGAGACUCUUUUUCCUCCAUCGGAGGCACCUAGUCAGCCCAGUAGAAGACGGCAGCCACCAGGAAAGAGAAGGAGCCAGGGUUACAUCCCUCGUCCCCCAAACGCCUUCAUGCUGUUCAGGGCAGACUUUGUGAGGCAGAAACAUGUUCCCGGGAAUAUUGAGGCGAAUCAUGGGAGUUUGAGUAGAAUCAUUGGCAAUUGUUGGCGCUCCCUUCCCGCCCAAGACAAGCGAAUAUGGGAAUUCAGAGCUAAACGGGCGAAGGAGUUGCACAAGCAGGAAUUUCCAAACUACAAAUUCAAGCCUGUGCACAACAAAAAGAAGAAGGGAAACCAGUCAGAAUCUACCUCUCCCACCACCUCCUAUAGCUCGUCGACCUCCAAGGUUAAGCUCACUAUUUCUACGUCUGGGACCAAGAAAUCGAAAUCCGCAUCGGAGGAGGAAGAUGCGGCUGUACAGGCGCGCAAUGAGUAUCUUACUCAACUGCUUUUAGAUGGACUUCGCAACGAGUUGCUUGCAGACGAGAUGGCUAAAUACGACGAGAGGGAAAGGGUUCGUCGUGAGGCUGCGCUUACUCAGUCUCCACAUUCUGAAGAGGAAGACCCAUCGGAAGAUGAAGAGUCUUCCGAGACGACUACGCUCUUGGGUGAAGGAGAAUCGUAUGCAGCAUGGGGAAUUGAACUAAAUGUUCCGACUCCAUCCCAUUCUUCCACCUCAUCCUCUUCUCCUACACCGCCAACUGCAUGGACGAAUCCAAACCCAUUCUCUUAUCAGUCGUCUGUACCACAUUCUAUCCAACAGCCACAAACCUUGUAUCCAGCUCAUCACCAACAGCUAGGAAGUUACCUACACUUGAGGCGUAGUUCCAGUGUUCCGCCGAUGAUGGGCAUGAUGGAUAACACUGAUGAGUUUUACCAGAGUGCACCCUUUGGUGUAGACGGGUAUCAGAAUGUCAAUGACUCGAAUACAGGUGAAAUGAGGCCACCGAGCCCUGGUCCUCCUGGCAUGCCGGCUGCUCCGAUCUCGAGCCUUGCGAACGCGUUCGGCCCUCCUCAGCAACGGCAAUCGUUUUCACAGCCAAGGUUCUCAUUCUCUCAACUGCGUCAAUCGUUUUCACAACCAAGGUUCUCGUUCUCUCAAAUGGAUGCUUUCGCUCAGAUGGACACUACCGGUGUUGAUCCAUUUACUCAACACGGAUAUUACGGUCAACGUAUGUCCAUUUCAGCAGAGCAUAGAAUGCUUCUUGGUGGACGAAGGGCGUCAAGUGCAGAUGGAAUGCGCCGGUCAUGGGGUACAUGCAAUUCCAUCAAUCAAGGCUGGGGUUGGGGUGUGCAAGGCGCGUACUGGGUUCCACAAACAACGUCCACCGGUCCGUUGCAGACAGACGAUUCCCCGUUGCCGGAGGUAGAUACAUCUCUGUUCGAACCCGGUUUCAACCUAAAUUCGUUCACGAUGUCGAGUUCCACUGCACCUGCUGAACAUCCCCCCUCGCCUGACGGGACAGGCCCACAGGUUGUGUCCCCGUUGGAUCCUAUCCAACCUGCUCCGGUUCCCGUUGCGGCUCCUCAACCCACGUAUCGUGCGCCGAUUCCAGAGCGUAGAUUCCUGGAUAUGACCCAACAGGCCUUUGUCGAAGCAUAUCCAUCGCUUGGCCCCGUUGAAAAUGUGGCAUUUAAGGUGCCCAAUAUCCGCACGGACUAUGGUCAAGGCAGUACUGUCAUGGCACAAGGCGAAGUCGCAACCUUCCAGCACGCGGCGGAGCAGGGAUGCUAUCCCACCGGUCCAAAUGCUGUCGCUACAGCUAGCAACGAGGCGAACCAAAGCACUUUCGAAGCUGCUGCCAUGAGGCAACAUAGGGUGAUGACGGCAUCUUGUUAGUGAAAAAAAAAAGCACCUAUUCUUUCUCCAUUUCUCUUUAUUGAAGUUCUGUUCCUUUCACAAUCCCCCAGGAUAUAUUUAUGUCUAUUCGUUGCUCUUGCUUUCUUUUCUAUCUUUCUCUCUGAUUUCUCGAAGUUCAACUGUAUCCAUAGCCCCAGGCGCCUCGCUUCAAUUCCCUAGACUGGAAUAAACACUUUCUCCCCGUCUCCUUCGCGAUGGGCGGAACCGUUUUUUCUGAUUUUCAACCAACUAUCUUCCGGAUCGUACCGCCUACUGUAGCUCUAGUUUCUUCCGUUCAGCAGCUUUUGAACUCGAACUUUCGUUUCCGAUAUCUAAAUGUUUUCCCGAUCUCGUUGUUGUUGGUAUAUAUCCUACGUCGACCGUUUUACUUAUUUCUGUCAAUGAGAUGUGGAUUUCCCCGU